UAACAACGUUUUCUCGGACCCAAUCAUUAACUUGGUGAAGCCGCAGCGCAUGACAGCGCCACAGAACUAUGGCGAAUGUAGGCUACAGUGAUUUUGAGUUCACGCCGGCAAAGACUGCCGGCUCUUUGCCGACAUAUUCCUCUUCAACAACAUCUUCCUCUUCGACAACCUCUUCCUCUUCGACAACCUCCUCCUCUUCAACAACAUCUUCUUCAACAUCUUCUUCAACAACCCCUUCCUCUUCGACAUCGGUAGGGAUCAGUACAUCAUCAACCUCGUGUACUUCCCUACCAAGCUUCACACCUUCCUAUAAUGCGACUCAAAGCACCGCCUCCCAUUUCACAUCUUCCUAUAUUGCAUUUGCGACUCAAAGCGCCACUCCCCAGUUCACAUUUAUCGAACUUCAUGACGCUGAGAAGAUCUUUCCACUCAGGGAGGAGCACUUCCUUAGGACAGACUUUGAGAGCAUCUGCGCGACAAAUGAUUGUUAAGCGGACUGCUUCAACAUGACAAGAGUGUUUACUGCAAGCGAGGGUGCCCUGGGUAACAGCACCGAUGGCUACGAACAAGACAUUCCGGUCACUCUCUUCGGUAUCUGCAGUAACCUCGCGAACGCAACCGAAUCUGCGACACGGAACAGCGAUGAAAGAACCGCAUCCUUCUUCCCGAGAACUGUCGCUCAAUUAUCCAAUGACGGCGACCUCCUCGCAGCGAAUCUCACGACCUGUCUCGCCACCACUUGCGAGAUGACAAGGCGCCCGUCCGAAUGCUUCGACUACUGUGGGCCAGAAAACCUUCUCAAGUCUCCGACCGAAUUUGACUUCAGUGCCGGCCUGUUUACGUGUGCCCAAAAACUUUGCAGCAACACCUGUGGGCUACCGUUCGCAAAUCAAGAUGUUUUUGGAAGUGGGGUCCUGAUAUCAUACUAUAUUCAAGCUGUUCUGCUGCUUUUGUUGGCCGGGGCUGUUCUGGUGUCUGCCGCCUGGCAGCUUUUUCGAUAUGGUUCAUCUCCACCAGUCAUGGGCAAACCGACUCAAUCUGUGCUCAAGAAAUUCUUGGCUACUGAGUGUUACUUUGGAGUAACGGCAGCAAUCGCUUCUUUCUUCAUGUUUCCAGAUGAAGUUGACCCCUUGAAUGGCUACGCACUAGUGGCGGUCUCACUGAUGGGUUGCAUCGCGCCAGCUUUCACCCUGCUGCUACUCCAUAGCCAUGGCAUCAAGUCAUGGUCCAGCACCGUUCUAUGCCUGGCGAGCUGGCUUCUGAAUACUGUUGUCUUCUACAUGCUAUUCGGCAAUCUGAGAAACUCAUUGAACACCAUCGAACGAGUUGAUCAAAUUCUCCGUGGUUUGUUCCAAACUGAGUAUUGUGGUAACUCGUCUGCCAUGGUGCUCUGUCAAGAAUGGACGGGCUCAAACCCCAUGCAAUAUCUUUCACACUUUUACAACGAAAACUCGGUCAUUACCAUUCACAAUGUUCCAGUCUUUUGGGCAUAUGUUACUAUCGUACUUCUCAUACUUGUGACCAUGCAGGUUCUUGGACAACGCCGCCGGCCUAGUCCUAUGAGCUUUACACCUACCAAGGAGGCUAGACCGACGCAGAAGCGAACCGUCAUCGGAAGGAUCACCCACCUCUCACCUCGAUUUGGGAAGUUUUUACUUCUUUUGACAGCAACCAUCCUAUUUUGUCUCGCACUUGGCUGUGUAUAUGUUAUGGUUUCAACCUACGCCAAAAUGGACGUCAUCGACAUGCACGAGUGGAGUUUUGGUCAAGUCGUCGCGGUCCUUAUCUGGGCGCCAACCCUAUUAGAGGCAGUGGAGUCAUAUUAUGGGAAAAAGCACACUUCGGGGACACGGACGAGCCUGAAUCAGCCCAUGCCAAUCCCACCGCCGCAAAUUUCCGAGUCCCGCCGGCUUCUGGCGCACCCUUGAGCACUUCCCUGGGCCCCGGGGGUUGUCGAUAUCAGCGCUCACCUCCGAAGUAAUCAUGUUGUCGAUAAAAGCUCGUCUAAUGUGUAACCUCGGAUUCAUCUAAGUCUGGAGGCUCCGGUAGAGGCUGUUUUUUUGGGGCGGGUGGCUUCACUUUAUUACUCUCGGAUGUCCGGUAGGGUGCCGGCACAUAUGUAAGUAUCGUAACACUCAAUGCGGUAGUUCCGAAUGAACCAUGGUUUGCAGAAGAGUUCUUAAACGCCAUACAUGGGAAGACUAGCCGUAAUUCAUUUGAACGCAAAUUGCUUAUUGUCCUUGUACGGAAUAUACUGUCGUCGUAGCUUGGUAGGGGUGUGC